GUAUAUAUAUUUGUUGUGAAUGAGAAUGAGAGGUAGUAGGAAUUUAAUUAGUUUAGAGUUAAAGUUUUUAAAAUAAUGGUAGUGUGAUAUUUAGUUGAUUAUAUAUGUAUAUAUGUAUGUAUAUGUUAUUUUUAAAAAAAAUUAUGGAAAUUAGUAACUAGUAACUUGCUACUUUGUUUAAUAACUAGUAAGUAAUUUAAUAAUUAAAAUUUUAAUUUGGUUGUAUAUUGCAUUAUGUUAUAGGUUGUGUGCUAAUAUUUGAGAGUCGAUCGACAUAUUUCGGUGUUGAUCGGAUUUGCAAUAGAUAUGGCCAACUCGAGUUCGGGAUCUGAUUCAGACCCAGAGGCAGAGUGUCCAACCACAAUACCUACACGAGGGCCGACGCAAAUGAAUGAAAUAUAUCCAAACUAAUGGAUCAGGGCAAAAGAGUGGCCCUCGAAGUUAAUGAUAAAGGUCAAUACUGUGGAAAAAGCUAUGCGAAGCUCGUAUCCACUCUAGGAGUCAGAUGUCGGCAGACAAUAGGGUUGGCUUAUAAAAACUGGAAAGAAGUCAACCCGACUCUGAAAAAUAAAGUUUGGAAAGACAUUCAGGUAAGCUAUUAUUUGUUAGAAUUUUGAUUUGUUUUUCUAUUACUCCAAAUGUUGACUCUAACCGUGUUUGUUUUCCUUCAAAAUAGACGGGGUUCAUUGUGCCAGACACCUUCAAACAUGAUUGUCUCAUCCUAGCUGGGAAGUUAAUGAAAGACUUCAAGAAUAGGAUGACAAAAGACAUCAUAAUGCCCGCGUUGAAAGAGAAUGAUCUGGGACGACUGGCACAAGUCCCUGAAAAGCACCCCGAGAUCGACGCUGCUGAUUGGUGCAAAUUUGUUGAAAGUCGACUAACUCCUGAAUUUCUGGAAUUGAGUAAGGUGCAACGUGAACGUUCCUCAAAAAUUCAAUCCAGACAUCGAAGUGGUCGGAGUGGAAUGGUGAACGUACGGGAAGUUGUGAAAAAGGACCUCGAAGUUGCAGAUCCCCCCCGCCACCGUGUUUGGAUUAAAUCUCGCACCAAGAGUAGAAAACUUGUCACUGAUUACGACAAGGAAAUUGCAGAGAAGAUAGCUCAAUUAGAAGAGAAGCUUAGUCAGGGACAAAUUCAGGUCCAGGGCCAAAACGAUAUCCCGACGCAGUGCGCUCGGACACCGCAGCAUCCCGGACGUGUCGUGGCCGCCGGGUAUGCUAUUACUUCAAAUGUUCCCGACUGUGGCAUCUCAACUCGUUCUACAGAAGAAAAGGGAAGUGUCUGA